AGGAAUUCGUAGCACGCGAGGGCCUCGGAUAUGAAAGAAUGUCAUAAUAGGGACAAGAUAGCAUUUACUUUUCCUCAGUGACUUUGUGCUUUGGAGGAGGUGCGACUGGGAACAGAAUCCAUUAUCAGCGCCCUGCAUCCAUUUGAUCUGUAAGCAAUAGGUCAGGCGGGGAAAUUAUUUAUAGACGGUCUGACACCAAGAUAGAGUUGCAGCGCGCAGUAAAGUUUUCUGGAGUUCUUGUGUUUUAAAUGAUCUGCUUUGAUUGUUUGUUUCUUCUAGAUGAUGAUAAAAUGAAUGAAUUAAUUCGUUUCUCUCUCUUGCAGUUAUCUUCCGUGGUUUGAAAUCUACUACAAGCUGCUAAAUACGCUGGCAGACUACCUUGGAAAACAACAGGAAAAUGACUUGAAUGACAUGCUGAAUUCUCUCUAUGAUCUUCCCGUGCCAAAGCCCUUCACGCCAGUCAACCUGAGUGUGAAUGAGCAGUUGUAUAUUGCCACUGGGCAAGUACUGAGAGAUCGGCGAAGCAAGGAGCCGCACUCCUACUUCAUCGCCCCGGAUAUCAAUGGACUGCCAACUAUCCCUGAGAGUAGGAACCUGACAGAGUACUUUGUGGCUGUGGACAUCAACAACAUGCUCCAGCUCUACGCCAGCAUGCUGCACGAACGGCGCAUCAUCAUUACCUCAAGCAAGCUUAGCACUUUAACUGCAUGCGUCCACGGUGCAGCUGCUUUGCUCUUUCCGAUGUACUGGCAGCACAUCUUCAUCCCCGUGCUGCCCCCGCAUCUUCUGGACUACUGCUGUGCCCCCAUGCCAUACUUUGUGGGAGUUCAUCUUAGUCUGCUCGAGAGAGUACGCAGCCGCUCGCUGGAGGACGUGGUCAUUCUCAAUGUGGACACAAACACCCUGGAGAGUCCCUUUGAUGACCUGCACAACCUGCCCAGUGACGUGGUGUCCUCUCUGAAGAGCAAGCUGAAGAAGCAGUCGACGGCAACAGGGAGUGGCGUGGCGAGGGCCUUCCUGAGAGCGCAGGCCGCUCUGUUUGGAUCCUACCGGGAUGCCCUCAGAUACAAACCCGGAGAGCCGAUCACGUUCUGUGAAGAGAGCUUUGUCAACCAUCGCUCCAGCACCAUGAGGAACUUCUUGUCCAUGGCUGUCAACCUGCAGCUCUUCAAACAGUUCAUCGACGGACGGCUGGCCAAAUUGAACGCAGGCCGCGGCUUCACCGACGUGUUUGAAGAAGAGAUCACAGAGGGGGGCUUCUGUGGAAGUAAUUCGAGGUCCUACCAGCAGUGGAUGCACACUGUAAAGAGAGGAGGAGCCCUGUUCAACACAGCCGUCACAAAGGCCAAGGUUCACGCCAAGAGGGGCAUCCGGGACAUUAAGGGCCGGCUUAAAGCGAGGGAGGAAGAAGAGGAGGGGAUGACGGUCUGUGCCGGGUCUCCCACCAGCACCAAGAGCCUGUCUCCAAGGAGACUGCAGAAGAUGAGACGGCAGAACUUCAACAAGUCUCCCAUGAGCAUGGGCCCUCGAGAUCUGGGCUACGGGCUCGACGAUGAUGAGCUGGACAGUGCGAGCAAGAUCUCGUCAGAGGACAGCGGGGACGUCCCGUCGUACACGGAGGACAGUGAUGACUCCUACUCUCUAGAACUGGACAUCGACUCCUCCCACUCGGGCCAGAUGAACCUUCUGGAGGAGAUCCUGGACUCUCUGAACACCACAACAAUAGAGCAAGGAAAGCUCAGCGCCGCCAAGAGCCUGGACUUCUUCAGGUCCAUGGAAGACUUAGACUACAAGGCGCCGACUAAGCCCACGCCGAGCAGUGAUUCUAAACCUGCCGAUGAGAGCGGCGGUGGGGAUCAAGGCGGCUGGAACAUGGGUCAGGACGACAGCGCCGUCCACGGGAAGCACCUUCCACCGUCGCCCCGCCGGCAGCCCAGCAAGAGCAGCCUGAAGGUGGCCAAGACAGCGGCGGCGGCUCCUGCGGUGCCCACCAUCAUGACCACGCCCCCUCCACAGGACGCCGACGUCUCCACGUCACACCCACAUCAGUCCUCGCCCUCCAAGCCACAGCCCCACCCCCACCCUCAGCCUCCAGCUCCAGGGAGGCAACCAGAAAACCGCUUCUCCUACUCGCCCUCAACGUCCCGUAGAGUUACCCCCGUGCCACCGUCGCCCACGCUGUCACACACCUACAGCUCUCCAGCUCCCGUCUCUCACCCCAACUACUCUCCUCUACCAGCUGGUCGGGCGCGGACUGUUUCGGACCCUCAGACGGGCUCGGAGCCUUGUCAGGUGCAGAACCAGACCGCCUCCACCAGCAUCCUGAGGAGGAAGGUUCUGUCCAAGGAGGCGGUGAGGAACUACCAGGAAAAGGCUCUCCAGAGGCAGGGCAGCAAGGGGCAGCACGAGGGCCAGAGGAGCACGUCCAGGAACAGCCAGUCCACUAUGCAGGUCCAGUGGGAGAAGGAGGUGUCCAAGGAGGGGCUCCUGGGGCUCGGCCUGUGCAUGGGUCAGGGUAAAGGCUCGGGGGCGGCUGUGGUGCAGGAUCAAGGCCUCCUGGAGGAGAUUGAGUCCAUGUGUUGCCUGGGCCCGGUCCUGCACACCAGCCUGCAGCUCUCACAGGUUCACUGCAACAACAGUCACCACCAGGUCCAGGGAAAAGCUACAGAGGAGUCCUAAGGGAGGACUCAGCGUCUGUAACAUGCCAUAGAGUUGUACCCGUCUGUUACAACUGUCUCAGAGAACACCGUCGCUUCUCAACAUUUUCUUUUAAUCUUGAAGCUCAGCCACGAGUUUGAACAAAUCCGACGCAGGCCGACGCCAACAGAUCGACAGAGAGCAGGAGGGGAGGAGGUGGUUCUGCAGGAUCCUCCAUCAGUCGUCCACGUUUCUAAAUUAAACAUCCUGUUUAGUCAAAGACAACUUGUUUGUUCAUUAAACAGAAAGGAGUUUACGUAGAAUCUGAUAGAAGGACUUUGGUUUACAGGGACGUUUUGUAAGCGUUUUUAGAUGCGUCUCCUCCAAAUGAAUCGAUUAAUCUGCUGAACAGCAUGUUUUAAAAACAAAUAGAUUAUCUGGUGAACUGUGAUCGUGGCUCAGAAACCACAAACUGAAGCCGUUUUUAUUUCUCUUCCAGUUCAUUAGAUCUUUUACUUGUUUUUAAAAAAAUCAAAUCCAGCUCCAUAAAUUCUGUUACAAACAAGAAGAAGGAGAGUUUCACAGUUCAGUCUUUCUGUCUGUAAUCACUGAACUCUCUGAACAGCAUCUGUAUUGUCACAUGUUCACCGUAUAAUAUAAUCACGUGGCAGAAGACAGAAGCCUGAAUACGUAGCCGACAGUCAGAGGAGGAUUCGUUCAUCUUUGCCUAAAAGGAAUUUAGAAACGUCUUUGUCUGGAUGAAGAAGGGACGCCGUCUCCUCCACUCGCCGCCAUGUCGGUCUUUAACUCAGUGUUCCAAACAUUUCACAGAAUCAGUUUGCACUCAUGAAUUAACAAACAGUCACCACUUAUUAUUACUACUUGCUACUAAAACCUUCUGAGCAUCAACAGUGAGACGGGAUUGUUCAGACCUGCAGUCCACUCGGGCCUUUGAAACUAAUUACACGUCGCGUUAUGUGAUGUUUUUUUUAUCACUAGACCUUAAAUGGAUUCGUUUUUGAUACUCUGAUGUCUUAAUCGGUAGAUGCGGCAGCAGCAGGUACUUUUAUAAUCCGGGUCACUGAUCCAGUCAGAGCUAACGUACAGCGGUUCUGUAACCACACUGUAUUAUAGAACAGUUCUUAUAUAUAUGAUGUGCUUUAAGCUGCUGUUUUAAUUGCAUUCCAGGUAAUCAGAUGUCCCUCUUCCUCUGUUUCCUUCCUCUUCCUCAGGACGCUCAGAAAAAAACAAAUGCAAAUGCAGUCAAAGGUUAAGCUAGAGAAAGCCUCGUGUCCUUUACUCUUUCCACCGUCACCGCCCUCCUCCUCAUCAGAUUCAUCCGACUCUCAGCCUCGACCUUAACAACCGGGGCCGAGCUCGGGAGGUUUGGCGUGGAGCUGGAAAAGGUGAACUUUAAAGGACGUGUCUGGCAGUGCUCCACAUUUUUAUGAUCAACAAAUCCCAUGGAAGGACCAAAACUAACAGUGAUUUAUUCCCAUUAGUCGAUCUCUGUGCGGUUUCAGACUUCCUCUGCCGGUCUGCGGCUCUCCGCCUCAGAGCUGUUAGUUCCCACUAAACUUCUCCAAACAGGCCGCCGCUAACAGGAAUAAAUAGUGUGUUUGUUUCAGCUGUGGAUUAUUAAGUACGAUGAACUCAUAGCUGAUUGUUGGUUUUGGUGUUUCCACAGGAUCCAGAAUAUCAAAUUAUGAAGUCGCUCUCUUUCCGUCUGUCUUCGUUUCUUCGCCUUUGUCUGUCUCACAUGAGGAAAUGCAAUCUCUGUCCGUCUGGGUUGGAGUCACACACUGUAAUACGAUGCAGUGGUUGAUGAUUGUACUGUAAUGAAGCAAUAUAGUUCCCCUCAGAGUCGCUGCGUGGAUGUAAUGUGCACAGAGUCGAAAGUAUUUCUAUAGCAGACUCUCCUGUGGAGAGAAACGCUGCGUCCAGAGGCUGUGGCUUCCCAUCAUUCUCUGCGUCGCCACAAACCCGGAGAAAAGGGGAACGCUUUCUUUUUUUUCUUCAUGUGCUUGUGUUGGGAUUAUUACAUUUAUGGUUCGUUGUUCUUAUGAUUUAUGCCAGACGCCAGUCGGUGUGGCAGUUUACUAGCAGCUAUUUCUCCACUUUUUGAGUGCUGCUCUGCGUUAACGAUUUGCUCAUAAAGUCUUUGGCAUGCUUCUAAAAGCCCGAGAAUCAGUCCUGGUAAUUCCAAAAAGAAAGAAAGAAAGAAAGAAAGAAAGAAGGAAGAAAAAAGACUGACUCCAGAACAAUCUCUGCACUGGCCUUAUUCAAUGUAAACACUUUAAAAAAAAAACCUUAUGUACUAUGCAAAUAUUUAAAUCCUCAAAAAGGUCAGUGUUCUUUACCAGUAAUUACUUUAUAAUUCAGGAUUCUACUCAAUAAAAAUGCAGAUCGCUCUCUGAUGUGAGGAAGCCUCACGUGUCCCUGAGAGAGUGAAGAAUAUUUUGAUGUGUGUGAGCUGAGGUGUGGUAAUGAUGGAGUGUAUGGCGUGCCUUAUACGGUAGGAGUACCACCCAACAAGGUCCAGUGUUACAGGACGGAUGCAAUGUUGUGAGACCGCGGGAACAAACACACCGAUCAUGUUUAUAUGAUGGAUGGAUACGAAGGCCCGGCUUGGACCUCAGACAUCUGAGCUCUGGGUCCUCGCAUCGUUUUCGUAGCUGUUCUGGUCCUGACUCGUGGCCCAGAUGGACCGACUCGGUGGUUUUCCUUCGCUGCGGUCUCUGACUUUCUCUGGGUUUGUUUUUUUUUUGUACUUUCUUUGAUUGUACUGUUAGGUGACUGCUUGUAUAGUUUGUACUCUUUUCUUUCUUUUUUUAAUUUUAAACUUUGAAGGCUUGCUCUGAGCUAACUGUAUUUAAAAACAUCUCUCAGAGGAGUUUCUCUAGUUGAUUUCAUAACGAUGACAAAUUAUUUUCAACUGAAUAGACGUGUAUUUUUGCUGGCUUGAGUAUAUUUUACAUGGAUAAUAUAUGAUUGAUGUUAUAUGUUGUAACAGAAACAAAAAAAAAAGGACACCUAAUAUUUGAAUGUUUUAGAUUUUUAUUUUUGGAAAGAACAAAAGAGAAUAUUAACAAAUGUCCCAUGUAGCCGUUUAUGUUCGAAAGCAUUUGACAACUUCUAAUCAAACACGCAGAGACUGACGCUUUGCUUGGUACCGCCGUCGUAUCCGCAUGUAUGUAGCUGUCUGUGCUAUGAUUUCGUUUGGUUUGGUUUGACAGACGUGGACUGUUUUCGUUGGUAUUAACUGAUGUCAGUAUUCAGCUCUUCCAUCAGAACGGUGGACGUCGGGUCUCGUUCGGUACACUCACUCCGCCUUGCUUUGAGUAUUGUGGAGUCACAUGUAUCUGCAAUAUGUAGGAAAAACAACAAGAAAAAAACAUUUCUGCUUCUUUUUUUUUUUUCUGUUUGUUUGUUUCUAGCUACUGUAAAUCUAAUGGUAGAGGAUUGUGGGGAGAAAUACUUGAACGGCCAGCUGCUGUUGAGGGUGAUUUGAAAAGCUUUAGUAACUCUGGUUCCUUUCACACUAAUGAUGUACAACAGAGAGGAAAUCUCUUUAAGGGCAUUUGCAUUUCAGUGUCUGCAGGCCUGUGAAAGCUAAACAUACCUGAUGCUCUGCUAACGAUACACAGUGAAGCUAUCAGUGAAUUAAGUGUAAUUGUCCUAAAAUUGCCGAUUGGGAGCGAGAGGGAGCCGACGGAUGAUGUAGCAGCUUUUACUGAAAACGCAGGUUCAGCUUUACAUUGAUAGAAACAUGAGUCCCCGACAAACAGACGUUUCCAUGGUAGAGAUCAGUACACUGAACGUUACAGUGAGCAUCUGUAUUCUGAGUCUCUUGUCUGAGUAUUGUAAUGAUGAUUAACUCUUUGGUAUGCCAUGUACUGGUUUUCUGAUGCUGUGCACACUUGCAUGUUCUCAUUACAGAGGAAACAACUGUCUUAAACAACUGAGGUCAAUCUAAUGUGCUAUUGAUGAGUAACUUGGUACAACUGCACACGAUGUAUGCACUGUGAACUGAAAAUAAAUUAUACUGUUUCAUGCUUACGCA